AGGGACCUGUGCGAGAAAGUCGUGGGGCACCUGAGUUGGACCAUCGGCAAGUCGCGGUUCCGCACCUUCGCGAACGGCGAGAUUUCCGUGAAGCUGGAGCAGUCGGUGGCAAACCACGACGUCUUCGUGGUCUGUUCCAGGGACGACUGCGAGUGCGAGGUGAAUUUCAUGUUGAUCAAUUGCUCAUGAUGCUCGACGCGCUGAAGUCCGAAGCGCCGCACAGGAUCACUGUGGUGCUGCCAUGCGUGGAGUACGCGAGGCAGGACAGGAAGUUCGAGGCUGGCGAGGCGAUUGCCCCCAAGCUGUUCUUCCACCUCAUGGUCACGGCCGGCGCCGACAGGUUCGUGACCAUGGACUUGCACAACCAGGCGGAAUCAGGUUUCAGUCCUGCCCACGCUGCAUUGGACGAGCUCUCCGCAGAGAAGUACCUGGCGAGCUUCAUCCGCGAGAACAUCCCCGGGUUCAACACCGAGAACCUGGCCCGAUACUGGUUCUGCAAGCAGUGCCACGGCAAGCGCAAGGAGGUGGAGGCAGCGGCGCCCCCGCCGCCCAGCGGCGCCUGGGCUGACUCCUGGGCGGACUGGGACAAGUGGGCUGCACUUGGGGCCACGUCCGCGGUCCUGCCCGUGGGCCUCCAGGGAGGCACCAGCCCCCCGCCUGUGGCCGGCGACGAAGACAAGCUGUCCGAGGAGGAGCUGCAGCAGCUCAUCUCCCUCAACAAGAAGAUGGGCAACUCGUCGGCCGCCGCUGCCCUCCAGAAUCGACUGGACAAGCGCCGUGUCGGCGAUGCGCCAGUGCCGCUCCAGGCUCAGGCGAACCAGGUCGAUCGUCAUAUCAAGCAGUUGGGGAAGAAGCUUCAGCAUGAUCUGGAUCAGUACACUAAGUGGCACAACUGGCCCCACGACAAGAAGGAGUCCAUCGGUGCUACUCGUCGCGAGCUGGCCGCAGAGGUUGGCAAGUACCAGACAUUGGUGGAGCAGCUGCGUAUUCAGGUCUGCCCACCUCCAGCCGCCCAGCCGAAGGCACGAGUGUCCUUGCAGGACCUGCUGGCGGGCGAGAGUGACUUCCUGGACAUGUCCAACGUGGAGGAGGUGUUCGGGAUCGACAGCUCGGUGUACGAGGUGCAGGAGGCCGACACUCAGGAGCUGGAGAAGCGCACGACCCAGCUCAAGGAGGCCAUCCAGGCUUCGGCACGCCAGUUGUUCGGAGAAGCGAAGCAGAAGUUCGACGAGCUCAAGCAGGCACAUGCAGCUCAUGUCGGCAGGCUGGGCAAGAAGCGUAAGGACCUCUUCAGCUACUUCGUCGGGGGCGCCACCUUCUUCGUCGGCCUCUACCUGGUCAUCGGCGGCGACUUCGGGGUCGUCGGGUGA